CCUCCCCUUAUUUCAUUUGCUUGGCUGAUUCUUCGCAACAGCUUCCUUCUUGAAUUUUUCAAUCAUGACGCGGUUUGAUCAAAGUUAUUUAAACCGUGCAUGUGCAAUUUCACUAAUCAAUAACAUAUUUCAAUCUUUUGUACUUGAGAACUUGAGCUACACAUUUGUAAUCCGACAUACAUGGCGCCAAGAAGGAUGAAGCAGGAGGCCCAGAACCCAGAAAUGGAGAAGAAUUUGAAAGUGAGGGUCGAAGCCAAACGAGUGAAAGCAGAGAUGGGAAAGAUAAGAGAAGAUCAAGAAUACAUAAGAGAGGAGCAAAGGAAAAUAAUAGGAAGGUUUGGAGAGAUUGAAAGGCAAUGCGAUCAACUCAAAGAGGAAACUGAAAUGAUUAUGAAGCAAACAGUCAGGACCCGAAUUAAGGUCGUUUUGAUGUUCAAAAUCUUGAAAGCCCGGGAGGGUGGAGAUUUCAUUCAAGCUGCUACGCUCACUCACUUCCUUCGUGAGUUCGUUGCCAGGGAAAGAGCAAAUGCAGGCUUGCCUGAAGUAAAAGAUGAACUUCCAUAGAAAACUCCCCAGCCACAAUGGAGCAAUACACACAUAUAUAUGUAUGUAUGUAUAAAAAAGCUUCAGUUGUCUGAUCUGUGUUUGCCUCUAGCUGAAGCCUCAGCAUGAAUGCAGUACCAUUUGAAUUUACAUCGAUGUAUGUGCGUAUGUGUGUGAGAGAGUGAGAGUGAGGAUGGAUUCAUUUAUAUUGAUGUAUUUGUUAUACUUUUUUACCUUUAAAUUUGGAUCAAAAUAAAUAUUUUAAAUUUUAACUAUUUUGAUCUAGAGGUAAAAAAAGUGUUACAUUUAUAUUAAUGUAAUUGGAUCGAUAUCCCAACAUGUGUUGUGUGAUAGAGUGAGAGAGAGAAUUGAGAAAAAAAAAAAAAAAAGGGAAUUAUGCUUUGAUUGUAAGGUUGAAGAUGCGAUGGAUUUUCAUAAAUAAAUGAACAGAACGUGUUU